GGUCAAUAUAAAUACACAUACAAUUCAAUUGACCAUGGCACCGAUCACUAUAUAUUCUCUCUUUGAAGGUAAUUUAUAGGAUUGAUCAAGAAGCAAACAAAGAUGGCCCAAAAGGUGGAAGCACAAGGAGGGACUGGAGGCAACCAAUGGGACGAUGGAUCCCAACACGAUGCCGUGACCAAGAUUCAGGUCGGAGCAGGUGGAAACGGAAUUCAAUACGUUAAGUUCGAUUACGUCAAGAACGGACAAACCGAAGAAGCCCCUCUUCGCGGUAUCAAAGGCCGUAGUAUCGCAGCUGAUCCGUUUGUGAUUAGCCAUCCUGAGGAGCAUCUAGUUUCUGUAGAAGGUUGGUAUACCCCUGGUGGUCUCAUUCAAGGGCUUAAGUUCAUAUCCAACAAGAAGACUUCUGAUCUCAUUGGAUACGAUGAUGGUACUCAUUUCACUCUCCAAGUUCAAGACAAGAAGAUCAUUGGCUUUCAUGGCUUUGCCGGAGACUAUGUCAACUCUCUUGGAGCUUACUUUGCUCCGUUGACUUCAACCCCGUUGACCCCUGCCAAGAAGCUACCGGCACUUGGUGCUGAUGAAGGGACUGCAUGGGAUGAUGGUGCUUACGACGGUGUUAAGAAGGUGUACGUAGGACAAGCCCAAGAUGGUAUUUCAGUCGUUAAGUUUGUGUACGACAAAGGCGCUGAGGUUAUCAUUGGAGCUGAACAUGGAAAUAGUACUCUACUCGGAUUCGAAGAGUUCGAACUUGACUAUCCAAGUGAAUACAUCACGGCAGUGGAAGGCACCUACGAUAAAAUCUUUGGGAGUAAUGCCUCGAUCAUAAAUAUGCUUAAAUUCAAAACUAAUAAGCAAACGUCAACUCCAUUUGGACUUGAAGCUGGCACAGCCUUUGUGCUCAAAGAGGAAGGCCACAAGAUCGUAGGGUUCCAUGGAAAAGUCAGUGAUGUGCUUCAUCAGCUUGGAGUCUAUGUCCUGCCAAUCACCAACUGAUCAUCAUAAGACACAUUUCUGUUUGAUUCCCUCUAAAAUAAAGUUAUUACAUCUAUCUUUAAGAUUUGUCAUUUGAAGUCUCUUCAUGCCUCCGAUGACCUUUGGAUAAGUGUUUAAGUAUUGUUGUCUCUUGUGAUGUUGUAUUUUAUUUUAUGUGUUUAUGAUCCAUUUCAAUAAAGAAAGUUUGCUUCAUCGCUUCUAAUAAUUACAUUUCCCAUUUGGUUAAUACGUAUAUUA